AGAAAAACCAAAAACCUACCAAUCCAGAAACAAUGACAAGUACACCCACACCCACUCCCACACCCGCUCCCGCGCCUACAACAACCCCCUCCCACUCCCUCACCCUCGACCCCAAGUACGACAACUACGAUUUCCCAACCACCGCCCCGGACGCCCAGUCCGGCCACCCAGGCCACACCACCCCGGAGCAAGAUGCGCAGGUCUACCAGCUGCGGGCCAUGCUGGAGCAGCUCGGCUACACGGAACGCCUGGAUACCCUGACCCUGCUGCGGUUCCUGCGAGCGAGGAAGUUUGAUGUUGAGGCGGCGAAGGCUAUGUUUGUCGGGUGCGAGAACUGGAGGAAAGAGUUUGGCACCGAUGAUCUUGUGAAUACGUUCGAGUAUCCGGAGAAACCGCAGGUGUUUGAGUACUAUCCGCAAUACUAUCAUAAGACGGACAAGGACGGCCGUCCCGUCUACAUCGAACAGCUGGGCAAAAUCGACCUAAACGCCAUGUACAAAAUAACCACCGCAGACCGCAUGCUGAAAAACCUCGUCUGCGAGUACGAAAAGCUCGCCGACCCGCGCCUCCCCGCCUGCUCGCGCAAGGCCGGCAAGCUCCUCGAGACCUGCUGCUCGAUCAUGGACCUCAAGGGCGUCGGCAUCACCCGCGUCCCCUCCGUCUACGGCUACGUCAAACAGGCCUCCGCCAUUUCGCAAAACUACUACCCCGAGCGCCUGGGCAAGCUGUACCUCAUCAACGCCCCCUGGGGCUUCUCCAGCGUCUUCAGCGUCGUCAAGGGGUUCCUCGAUCCCGUUACCGUGCAGAAGAUCCAUGUGCUGGGCGCUGGGUAUGAGGCGGAGUUGCUGGCGCAGGUGCCCAAGGAGAACUUGCCGAAGGAGUUUGGCGGGGAGUGCCAGUGUGAAGGUGGCUGUGAGUUCAGCGACAUGGGCCCCUGGCAGGAGAAGGAGUGGGCGAAGGAGCCGCUGUGGGCUAAGAAGAAGAAGACGGACGAGGCGGUGAAGGCGGAGGAGGCUGAUAAGGAGAAUAGUAAGGUGACGGAGGGGGGCGAGAAGGAGGGGGGGAUGGAGAAGAAGGAGGCGGAUGCUGCUGCUGUGUUAAGCAGCAGCAGAGUAAUGGGGAGUUGACAGCAUAAAUAGUUAGAUUUUUUUUUUUUUUCCUUAAUUUUUCUUUUUUCUCUCUAUUUUAUUUCCUUUUUUUGAGGGUGCAUUUUGUUCGUCCUGUUCCCUCUCAUUUUUCUUUAUUCUUUUGACUGAUAUAGAGAGAGAGUAUCUGUGUGGGUGUCUCGUUAUAUACUUGAUGGCAAAUAAUUCCUUCUCUGAAGUGUCCUAGGCUCCUGUCCCGCCCAAGAAAAGAAAAAAAAAAGCCCCAUCUUUCAAAUAUACUCCACUCCCGUUUACAUUGACGGGAGGGUUCAUUUAUACACACAUAUCACACACACAUAUAUAUAUAUAUAUACAUAUACAGCUUAGUGAUCCUCGCCAUUGACCUUGAUUUUGUUUCUAGAUCGAUCAAUCAGCUUUCAUCCGCUUUUCAUUUCUUGCUUGUCCUGUCCAUCCAGUCCUUUCCUCGUGCUGGCAUUUCUUCUUCUAAUUCACCCCUCCCUCUCUUUUUCUGCGGUUCUAUUCUGUUCACCCCCUAACCCUAAAUGUCCAUAGUUUUCAUCUUCUUGCCUUGCUUAGCCCGUAUAUCUUUUACAUACAUCUACUGCUCUGCUAGCCCACGGGACUGUAGAGGGAGUUGGAUUGAUAUAUGAGGAAUAAAUAAUGAGUAACUAUGUGCAAGUUAAGCUUAUCAUGAGACAUCUAUGUACCUAUCUCUUCGCAAUUGGAAACGCCGGAAACAAACGACACCAGAUAUCCAACGAGGUCCCCCCAAAUGCAGCAAACAACCAGCCGAAUCCCCACGUCCAGUUCCCAUUCCCAAGAUCCAAGAUCCAAGAUCCAAGCAUGUAGAAAACCCAAGACGCCACUACUCCUUACAGAUAUCAAAAAAAAAAAAAAAAAAAAAAAAA